GAACAAAAUUUGGGAGUGUGUAGGGGAAGAGUUACUGGAGCGUGUACGUGAGAUGGACCUUUCAUCUGGAGACAUGAGUUAUAGUGAGAAUUGUUAGGAGGAACAUGAGCAAUCACUCGGGUUAUUAAGCCUGUAACGGGAUCUGUGCAGAUUCUUUGGGUGAAGUAACUGGGUUGACGAUGUCGGGUUCAGGCUACCGCGAGUACGAAAAGGAGGAUUAUAGAGGGAGAUAUGGUGAACGUGGCCGCGACGGGGGGUACGAGGGAGGACGUGACCCUCGGGACUCCCGACGCGAGAGAUCGAUGGAACCAGGCGGUGCUAGCCAUCAGGAACGCCACAGGGAGCCUCCUCGACGUGUUCCUCCGGUAUGCUUUGAAUGCGGUGAACCCGAACACUACCGAAAUCAGUGUCCCAGAUUGGUCGGCGACAGCAGCAGGUCACGAGGUAGGUCAACGUCCCCGAGACAUCAAGGACCACAACAAGUACCGCGUGCACUAUCGGAAGAUCCGGCUUUACGCCGUCAGGUGGAGGAUAUGGCGAGUAUGCUGGCCUCGAUGAAGGAGUACCACGAGGCUGAACAAGCAAAGAAGGAAGCAAGAGCGAAGCGGAAGCUGGAGAAGCAAGAGCAGAAAAGACGGGAGGAAGAGGAACGUGCUGCAACAGAGGAAAAACAACUAGUUAAACAACGUCGUGCUAUGAGGAAGGAGGAAAAAAUGCGUAAGGAAGCGGAGCAAAGGGAAAAGAUGGCGAAGGAACUCAAGAAACAGAUUUCCAUCUCCUUGGGGGACUUACGAGAAGAGCUACAGCACAGGAUCGAUCGGGCGGCGGUGGAGAAAGUUAAGGGAAAGAAGAAGAUCGAGGUGCACUCGUCGGAUGAAGGCAGUUAUGAAUCGCACGAUAGCGACGUCGACACUUUGAGUAGUAAAAUGGAGCAGUUGGUUAUUUCGGAGAAACGCAAACGAAGUGUUGAGAAACCUGUGGGAGACAGCCCGCCCAUGGUGACUGCAGCCAAGCGAAUAGCGAAGAGAUGAUUGCACCUUAGUUGCAGACACCCACCGAUGAAGCGCUCGCCGCAACGGAAGACC